UUUUUGCUCGCGGAUUUUCUGGGAUUCCAGGAUCGAAUGGCAUACCCGGAAUGCCGGGAAUUCCUGGCGCCCCAGGGCCACAAGGACAACAAGGAAAAGAUGGAGCCAAGGGGGAGCCUGGUGUCAAGGGACCGAGAGGUAUGAUGGGAACAAGAGGACUUAAAGGAAAUCCAGGGUCACUGGGUAAAAAUGGUGCACCUGGAAUGAUGGGAAGAAAAGGGGAUAAAGGUCAUGAAGGGUCACGUGGUAGCAGUGGACCGCCAGGAAUCAAGGGUGUGAAAGGAGAGCAGGGAUCUAAAGGAGAGAAAGGAGAAAUCGUGAAUAGUGCAGUGUCACAGACCAACUGGAAACAGUGUGUGUGGAAAAAUGAAGAUAAUAGAGAUAGUGGAAAGAUUAAGGAUUGCCCAUUCAACAAGCUGCAGUCUGAUACAGCCAUUAAAGUCUCAUUCCAAGGAAAUACGAGAGUCUAUGGCACUUCAAGUAAAUGCAAUCGGUGGUUCUUCAAGUUUAAUGGAAAUGAAUGCAGCGGACCAAUGACAAUUGAGGCUGUUGUGUUUAACUAUUGGCCAUCUGGGAAUCCUGAGCUGCUUCAUCACAGAUCAUUUGAGGGA